ACACAUUUCAAGCAGUUGUGGCUACUGACUACUACCACACCUAUAUCAUGUACCGGUACAGAGACAGAUACAUGACAUGGAUCCCAGUCUUGCCUCUCCUUGUCUAUUACCGCGAUGGCUACCCCGCGAGGAUAGGCUAUAUGGUCAGGACAGCAAGCAGUUCUUACGCUAUAGAGGACCCCAACUCGGCUUGGUGGAGCUUCAGUAACAACGACGUCAAUGCGUAUCGUAUGAGCCAGAAAGUCAGUCCGACAACUGGAAAACGGGGACAGAUUUUCUACCAGGUGGACAACAAUGGAGAUGACUACAUCAAUCCCAAGCUUGCGUGUGACAACUGGGCAAGGGAUGAGCCGGAUGUAUCCGAGUAUGCCUCUAACCUGAUCGGAACAUGUCCGAGGUAUUUCAGACAAGCGCAGGCUGAGGCUGGCCGCUGGGUUUUAACAAGCGCCAACUGCUUUUCCAAGGCCUUUGCCUUAUCCACAGGUGGUAACUACGAGUGUUGCUAUGACAACCGUGGAGCCCUGAUCGACUCUGUCAGCAGAUAUGGGUCGGGAGCUGGGUUCCUGCAUAGAUACAGGAAGGAUAUGAACACUAAUAGCAGCUACUACAAAAAUGACUACUUGCCUCAAAACUGGUGCUGUGAGAUGUCUGGAGAUGACGAGUUCUGCGCUAAAUUCAGGAGGAAGAGACCAAUAGCGUCAUCAAGCAACUAUCGCCAAACUGUCCAGGCUUCUGGCCUUGGUGAUCCUCACAUCACCACCCUUGAUGGAGCCUCCUUCUCAUUGAACGCCUAUGGUGAGUUUCUUCUGCUGAGGAACACCAGCGACUCUCCGUACAGUUUUGAGCUCCAGGCACGGACCAAACGGCCAGUCAUCAACGGUGUUGAAGUCAGAGGCACAGUCUACAGUGGCAUUGCUUUCAAACAACCAUCAGAAUCGGUGGAAGUACAUCUCAGUACCAGCAGCCCUGGGUUCUAUGUUGUCAUCAAUGGUGUGGAGCUGCAGAAGGAAGAAAUCAUUGCAGGGAAGACUUUCAGUGAUGGAAGAGUCUUUGCCAAAAAUGACAAUGCAGGAAAUCUGACGGGCAUUCUUGUGUCCUUCCCGUCUGGAAUCUCCAUCUCCGUGACGAGGGGUCUGGACCUGCUGUCCUACGUGGUGGGCAUGCCUGCAGAGAUGUCUGGGAAGCUGCAAGGCAUUCUGGGAAAUCUAAACGGCAACUCUUCAGAUGACUUCGUCUUGCCAGACGGAUCUCUGUACCCAACAUCAAACCCAACGAAGCCUCAAGAUUCGGAAAUUUUCCCCUUUGGUCAAGCUUGGUCAUUGAGGAAUGUCAGUUCUCUUCAAGGAGUUGACGUGUCUACCGUGACACUUUUCACACGGUAUCCAUCUGGGUCGUCUGCCGCUUCAUAUGGAGACGACAGUUUUGUGCCCAAGUUCUUUACCAGAGACCUGGAUGUCCUCUUUGAUGGGAACACCAACUUAAAAAACCAGGCCAUCGCCGCUUGUGGUGGAGAGAACAACACGCAGUGUCUUCAUGACAUUGCUGUUACUGGCCUUAUUGAAGUAGGCCUUGCAACGUCACAGGGCUUGUUGGCAUUUCAGCAGGCAACCGCUGUCUUGGCAAAUAAUCCACCAAAUGUGACUGCGCCAAGUGAAGUACGAGUUAAGGUGGGUGAGACUUUCACAGCCACCCUGCAAGCGACAGACGAGCAGCCUGUGGUGAACUUCACCCUUGGCGGCUCUGGGACGUUGACACAGUCUGUAGGCUUGGAAGCCAACUUUGUCUGGACUCCAACCAGUACAAACAAGACAACUAUCAGCUGGACAGCUACUGAUAUUCUCAAUGCUGCAACAACGGUUUCCCCAGACAUCACAGUAUGUGGUUGCGUCAAUCUUGGAACAUGUAACUACAACAACGUUGGAUCCCGGACCGAGGGAUUUGGUGUUGCGACCUGUGUAUGCCCCAGUGGAUGGGGAGGGCCAUUCUGUGAACAAGACAUUGAUGGCUGCAGCGGCAACCCUUGUUUUCAAGGUGUGACGUGUAAAGACCAGCCAGCUCCCCUCCUGGCUAACCAGACUGGGUAUGAGUGUGGACCAUGUCCAACAGACAUGAUAGGGAACGGAGAGGUGUGCGAGGAUUUCAACGAAUGCCUGUUGGAUGUCAACCACACCAAAGCACACCAGUGUGUGAAUGCAGACUGUAUCAACACGGCUGGUUCGUACUUUUGCGACUGUCUGCCGGGGUACCACAAAAGCGGCGACUCCCACGUGUGUGUGGACAUCAACGAAUGUCGGCAGCCGACACAGAACGAGUGUGACGACAACCACGGCUACUGUAACAACACAGAUGGAGCGUACGUUUGUGGUUGUAACCCUGGCUAUGAGCUUCAAAGUGAUGGAAAAACAUGUGCAGAUAUCAAUGAAUGUCUGGUGAACAAUGGAGGCUGUGAUCGACUGUGUAUAAACACAGAUGGGGAACACGAAUGCGAGUGUGGAGCAGCCUAUUAUCUUCAUUCUGAUGGAAGGACUUGUCUAGAGCUUGAUGAAUGCAGGGCUGGAAGCAAGUGUGAACAUAUCUGUGUUGAUCACGUGGGCUACUACGAGUGUCAGUGUCAUCCCCAUUUUAACCUCGACAUGAAUGCCAGGACGUGUACUCCCUUCUAUAACUGUUCAGCCAAUAACAGUUGUCAUGCACAGCCCAUUGGUGGAUGUGCGGCCAACUCUACAGGAGCUGAGUUUUGUGUCUGUGACCUUGGUUACGAACUACAGGCAAACAACUCUUGUCAAGAUGUUGAUGAAUGUGCUGAAGGGACUCACAUGUGUGAUGAGAAUGCGAAGGAAUGCCGCAACACCCCCGGCAGUUACGAGUGCAUCUGUAAGGACGGGUUUCGGCGGACGUCACAGCGCGGUGGGCGGAGGUGCGACAACAUUGACGAGUGUCUAGUGAACAACGGGAACUGCAGUCAGAUAUGUGAGGACACACAGGGGUCAUUCUACUGCAGGUGCCAGAUGGGCUACUACCUGGACACCGAUGGAUGCACUUGUAUAAAUAUCGAUGAGUGUGCGUCCAACACGACCAACGACUGCAGCUCCAACGCCGUCUGCAGGGACGAUCUUGGCGGCUUCCACUGUGACUGUAAACAGGGUUACGAAGGAGAUGGAUCACUGUGUGGAGAUAUAAAUGAGUGCCUGCAGGCUGGUGAUACAGGACAAGGAGGAUGCAAAGUCGGCUGUCGGAAUUUCGUGGGCGGUUUUGAGUGCAUCUGUGGCCCUGGAUUUGUCUUGGCAGAUGACAACUGUACUUGCAUAGCAUGGAACGCGUGUGACAGUUCCCCCUGUGAUCACACCUGCACCAACCUUGUCGACUCUUACAACUGCUCCUGUAGAGACGGCUUCACUCUCCACGCAGAUGGACGUACCUGUGUUGAAAUAGAGUGCAAUGACGGUUGUCACGAGCAUGCAGAGUACGUCUUCAAUGGCACACACAACUUCUGCCGCUGCAAAACUGGCUGGAGUGGAGAUGGCACUACCACAUGUGAAAUAGACUCCGGUGGAUUUGGCCUGGAGUUGUCCUUCGGAGAUCUUGUUUUCACCUCAGACUUGACGGACUGCAGAACUGAUGGGUACAAGAAUACCAGGAGGCAGAUAGAGUUAGCGCUGACCAUGUUCUUUGAGACCCACUUCAACCAGACCAUCCGCUCCGCAUUUUCUUCGGUGUCCAUCUCGGAGCUCAGGAAUGGAAGUGUCAUUGCCAGUAUCCUGCUGGCCACUGACCCCUCUGCUGCUCUCACCAAUGCUGACAUCACCCAGGCAUUCGAAAACGGGGCAAGGAACACCUCUAUUGACCUACUGGGCCUGAAUGUGUCCCAGGUUACAUACGAAGCUUUCUGCUACAAAGGGUACUGUCAGAAUGGAGGGUCCUGUUCCAUCAAGAACAAAGCAAAGUCAUGCAGCUGUCCAUUGCAGUACACUGGAGCUAGAUGCCAGAUCAAUAUUGUAUCAGUCGUCUCCGGGACAACUGCUGGCUUCUUUGCAGUCUUUUUGGUUUUGGGCAUCUUCAUAAUCAUCUUCAGGAAUCAGACCCUGGAGGAAAAGGCUAAGAAGUACAAGCCGACAUUUUCCAAGCCUAGUCAUCAUUGGCUGUCCCAUCCGUCGGACGUGGACAAGGCAGACUCCCAGGAGAACCUGUACGACAUCCAGGUCACCAGGUUCCUUCCCGGCGUGCGCAACAGACGCAAGUCCUCCAGACACAACAGUGUCAGGAGCAUGUCUUCUUCUGUAGCCGGAGCCAUCAGGGAUAAGGAGAUAUAUGAGGAGAUCUUUAUGUCGAGUGUACGGCCCAACUGGAUGUAA